AGCAUUUAGCGCAAACCCGCGGUGUCGAAACGACAGACACAUUUCCGUACCAUGAGACAAGUCCUGUGGAGCUUGCUGCCAGUAGCACUAGGAGGAGGUUGCCCUUGGACCUCUUCAUGGCAGUGGGAGGGUGUCUUCCACAUCCACAAGGGGGGCACUUACUUGUGGAGCGCUGAGAAGAAGGACGGCGCCUAUGCCGCGGCGUCCACGAAGAUCAUCUUGCGCACCACGUCAACCUACGACGCCAGCGCCAUCGAGAGCGCCGAGCCGGCGGCGCUCACCGCCUGGUCGGGGACCUUCACCGACGUCAUGCCGGGCGACACCCUGAGCCCGAACAACGCGUAUCGCUUGGUCUAUGACGCCGACAACUGGGUGAGUCUCUUCAAGAUCCAAGGCGCCGCGGAGACGAACCUCGCCAUUUUCGCAGAGCACGUGCCGACGGACUUUGAGAAUAAGUUUAACUACUUACACCACGAGGAGGGUGCUGCAACCGAACCCUCCUACGAGGUCUCAUCCGUGACGUCCUGCGAUCCGCCCGAAGAACCGAUCGUCAAGGGCACCAUUGGGGAGGUGUUGGCCGCGUCCAUGCUGAUCACGCUCCCGACGUUGCUGGGAAUUGGUUGUCUCUUCUCGGUGUGCAAGUGUUCGUCUGCGAGCGAACAUGUGAAGACCUUCAUCCACUACUGCAACGCCGGAGCCUCCGGCGUCCUCUUUGCGGUGAGCAUCUUCCUGCUCAUGCCGGAGGCUUCGCACCUCAUGGCUGCAGGGAAGAGCGAGGCUGGUUUGGCGGUCGCCUGGGGCAGCUGUGUGAUCGCCGGGUGGUUACUUGGCAUCAUGAUGCACCAGGCCUCCCACAUGCUGCAGCCCGCACAGGUGGCAGCAGACAAUACCUUGGAAGAGGGACAGGAGAAGGAGCCCGUUGCAAAGAAGGCCAACUGGAGUCUGGCCAUACCGGUUCUCCUGGGAGAUUUCAUUCACAACUUCGCCGAUGGGAUCUUCUUGGGCUUUGCCUUCUAUGCCUGUGACGCCUCUUUCGCCUGGUCCAUGGUGGGAGCCACGAUUGCGCACGAGCUGCCACAAGAGUUGGCCGACUUCUACGUGUUGGUGAACAAGGCGAAUCUGCGCUGGUCCACCGCGACGUUCUUGAACUUUCUCACGGGACUCUCCAGUGUUUUGGGCGCCGUGGUGGCCUUUUAUCUCGAUCUGGGCAAUGAAGCGCAAGGUGCUUGCCUCGCCAUAGCUGGUGGAUUGUUCCUCUACAUCGCUUGCACCGAACUGGGCCCUGCCGUGGCAGAACAAGACAAGAGCAGCCGACUGGGACCUUGUCUUCAGUCGGUCCUCACGAUUGGUGUGUGGCUUCUGGGAGCUGGGCUCUUGGGUUUGGUCAUGUUGGACCACACCCACUGCUACGUGGCACCUGCAGAAGGCGAAGUCGACCCGCACGCUGGGCAUGCGCACUAAGGUGACGCUGGCUUUGGACUACGAAGGUAGUGUUCAGAAGCGAAGCAGCGACAGAGGGAACUUUUAACUGGAUGUCCAAGACAUCUUGUAUGGCUCAGUGGAGAGAGAGGAUCUGAGGGAGCUCCCUGGGAGACCCCAUUUUUCGUGCCUUGGAGAGGCAUCUAGAUCUUCCUUGGAGAGGAGACGAGUUAACGAGUCAGUUUGUCUCAGC